CGAGGAAUCUGUAGGUGACUUGCAAUCUACUAUAUCAGCAGAUACUGAGGUUUCAAGGCCUCGCAAACGACAAAGAAUCGAUAGUAUAAACACUCUGGACUCCACUUCGACCUCCCUGACUGUCAACAAUAGCCUUCGCGUCACUAAUUCACCUCUAAGCACCAUGCGAAUCCCUGAGCCUGAUAAUCAUUCCAAUUUAUCUUCUUCAUAUGAUUUUGUACCAGAGGCAGGCCCGUCUUGCGUCACCUUGGACAAGGCUAGUCAUUCCAAUGGAAUAAACAAGGAGAAUGGGCACUCUGCACCAGUGUCAAAUGGCACUACUUCAAACGGAUCUCCAACAAUGGGGAAUGGCCUUGCCAAGCAUAGUUCAUCCAUCCCGCGAGUGUCACUGCCAGGCACCACCCUCUACGACGACCCAUAUCUUGAUCGAGAAGAGUUCGUGAGAUUAGUUAUCCAAAGUCUUAGAGACGUCGGGUAUAUAGAAUCUGCUGCCACUCUCGAAGCGGAGUCAGGGUACUCGUUAGAAGCACCUGUGGUGUCGGAAUUUCGGCAACAUAUUCUGCGCGGUGCCUGGGCUGAUGCAGAACCUUUGCUCGUUGAACUUGGGGUGACUGAUACUGACUCUCUUCUGGACGCACAGUUCCUCAUUGGAAAGCAGAAGUAUCUUGAAUUACUCGAGGCACGGAAAACCACCGCUGCGCUGCAGGUGCUGCGGAACGAUCUGGCUCCUUACAGUACCACGUCAGAACAGGGGGAACUCCACGUAUUAUCUAGCUUGAUGAUGUGUUCAGAUCCCCAAGAUCUGCGCCGACGUGCAUCCUGGGAUGGAGCGUCGGGAAUUUCACGGCGACAACUUCUUGAUGAUCUACAACGUCAGUAUGAGAUCCCAAUGGAAAUAUCUCUUGGUAGUCCUAUGCGUUUUGUUCAGCUAUUGACGUCUUGCCUCGCAGAUUAUAUACCUUCUUCGACCAUGAUUCCCCAACGCCGUUUUUCUACUCUUCUUGCACAGUCGCGAGAAUAUCAGCGAUAUCGCUGCCUCUACCAUAACUCACCUGUGGAUCCAUCUUCAUCCUCAUUAUUUAGUGACCACACAUGCGACAAGGAAUCCUUCCCUCGAAUAACAACCACCAUCCUCGAGGUCCAUUCAGAUGAGGUGUGGAACGUGGCCUGGAGUCACGAUGGUACUCGUCUUGCAAGCGCAAGUAAAGACAAGACUGCUAUUAUUUGGCGCAUUGGGCUCGAGGCAGAACCGUCAUCCCGUGAUUGUAUAGUAGAAUUCAUCUUGCGCGAUCACCCAUAUCCUCUUGGUUGUUUGGCUUGGUCACUAGACGACUCUAUCUUAUCUACGUCUGCGGAUCACCUCAUUUUGCUAUGGAACACAAAGACUGGAGCUCUGAUGAAGACACUCGAGAAUCAUGCUGAGACAGUAUCUGCCUUGGUAUGGCUACCCGACGGCUCAGGGUUUAUGUCGGGUAGCCUUGAUCGCAAGAUCAUAUUAUGGGACAUGGAGGGCGAACUACGGGAAUCAUGGAAUGAUAUAGCUAUACGUGUCACUGACGCUGCAGUGACUCCUGACGUGAGACGCCUGGUCGCUGUUGGGAUGGGAUACAACCCUCCUCCAGCGUUGGCUCGUGCCAACGUCCGAGACGCAUCGCCACCCAUUGUAUCUAAUGGCAACGGCAAUGCAGUGGUGCCGCGUUCGCCAGAGAAUCGAAUGAUCAUCUACGAUCUCAAGACGGGACAGGUUGAGCUAUCUGUUCACAUGGAGGGUGAACUUACUAGCGUGAAGAUUUCCGAGGAUUCUCGGUAUGCGUUAAUCAAUCACGCUCCAGAUGAAAUCCAUCUGUGGGACUUGGAGGAGUUCAGGCUUGCACGCAAGUUCACUGGGCAACGACAGGGUCACCAUGUCAUCCGCAGUUGCUUUGGUGGCAUCGAUGGCAACUUCGUCGUUAGUGGGAGUGAAGGUAUAAACGACGUUCAUAGCGUCCUGCUAGUUCGUACUCACAAAACAUUUCCAGAUCGCAAUGUCUAUGUUUGGCAUCGCGACACGGGUACACUUCUAGAGGUACUGGAAGGUCACGGCUUGGGAAGCGUGAAUUCCGUGGCCUGGAACCCCCGCAAUAAGCGCAUGUUUGCAUCGUGUUCGGACGAUAACACGAUACGUGUGUGGGAGGCACCUGUUUCCGCGGGUGAACUGCUUCGAGGGUUUGGCAUCUCUGCAUCCGAGCCGGAGAUGAUUGGGAAGGGAAAGGGCAAAGUAAAGCAACCUUGGGCCUAUAACGAUGGAGGGCUAUAGUGAAGUAGGGCUCUUUGGGACUCAGCGGACAUCAAUGAUCUUUCGUGAUUCGUGAAUGCUUUUGCAUUCUCA